AUGGCGACAAAAGCAAAGUCAAGAUGGGCAAAUGAAGAAGAGGAUGCUGCUCUGGAAGAGCAACGACGGCAAGAAAAGGACGAGAAAAAGCGUGCGAAAGCCGAGAAGCAGCGCCGAAUCCAAGAAACCGAGCAACGCCGCCAACAGGAAGCCGCAGCUGCUGCACAAGCAGCCAAAUCAGAAAACAACGAGGACGACUCUUCAUACCAUCCAUCAAAACGGCGCAAGCUUUCUCCAGAAAGGGACAGCAGAGAUGUGGAUGCGCCUGCGCCUGCCCCGAUCAAACUGCUCCGGUUCGCCGCACCUGAAUGGGGUCCCUGUCGCCAUCUCGACAAUUUCGAGAGACUGAAUCACAUAGAAGAAGGCUCGUAUGGAUGGGUUUCCAGGGCUAAAGAGGUGGCUACAGGGGAAGUGGUGGCAUUGAAGAAGCUCAAGAUGGACAAUGCGAGCGAUGGGUUCCCAGUCACCGGUCUACGAGAGAUACAGACACUGAUGGAAUCCCGACAUCCGAAUGUAUUGAAUCUAAGGGAGAUAGUAAUUGGCGAUACACUUGAUGAUGUCUUUCUCGUCAUGGAUUUCCUCGAGCACGACUUGAAGACGCUACAAGAUGACAUGGCAGAACCUUUCCUACCGUCUGAGACCAAGACUCUGAUGCUCCAGCUCGUGUCGGCUGUCGAAUUCCUGCACAGCAAUUGGAUCCUUCAUCGCGAUCUCAAAACCUCGAACCUACUCAUGAACAAUCGUGGCCAAAUGAAGGUCGCAGACUUUGGCAUGGCCAGAUACUUUGGGGAUCCUCCGCCAAAAAUGACACAGCUUGUGGUUACAUUAUGGUACCGUGCUCCCGAAUUGCUUCUGGGGGAAGCCAAUUACGGCCCCGCGAUAGACCUGUGGAGUAUAGGGUGCAUAUUCGGCGAGCUAUUGACGAAAGAGCCGCUCCUACAGGGUAAAAAUGAGGUCGAUCAGCUCUCAAAGAUCUUUGAACUUUGUGGUAUUCCCACGGAGGAGAGCUGGCCAGGAUUCAAGCGCCUUCCCAAUGCCAGAUCUCUACGAUUGCCACGGACGCAACAAAACGUUGGUUCGGUCAUUCGGUCAAAAUUCCCCUUUUUGACUUCUGCAGGGACGUCACUCUUGACGGCUCUAUUUUCUCUAAACCCGGCGGCAAGACCUAGCGCCAGUGCCGUCUUGAACCACCCAUAUUUCAAAGAAGACCCCAAGCCCAAGCCUACCGCAAUGUUCCCAACCUUCCCCUCAAAGGCAGGGCAAGAGAAGCGGCGCCGGCGAGCAAGCCCGAGCGCUCCAAAACGCGGAGAGGACGCAGCUCGUCUGGAUGCUGAAGCUCUCGACUUUAGUGGGAUCUUCGCCAACAGAGACGAAGAAGAGGCUGGAGCUGGAUUUCAAUUGAAGCUUAUAUAG